AUGACCAACACAAGCAUCACGGAUCCUGAGAGCCUCGAAAAACGAUAUCCAGUAAUAUUACGAGAAUUCGCCAUCCGUCCAAGCACCGGAGGGAAGGGGCGCCACAACGGCGGUGAUGGUGUAAUACGGGACAUUGAAUGCCGUGCUCCGUUGAGCUUUAGUGCCAUAACCGAGCGACGCAGCAUUCCACCAUACGGUAUGAAUGGUGGUGAGCCAGGCGAGCGAGGUGCAAACUACUGGGUCCGGCGGGUUGAAAACGGAGACAAGACGGAAUGGCGAUGGGUGAAUAUAGGCGCGAAGAAUAUGGUUCGAAUGGAGACAGGCGAUCGCUGUGUGAUUCAUACUCCGGGAGGUGGAGGUUGGGGGCUACCUGAAUUAAAUGGAUAUUCUGGUGAUAGGGCUGAUGUACGGAUUCAAUACCCUAGGGCAUCGGGCAGUGUGGCUGCUUAUAUAAUGGCUCAAAAGAGCUCGGCAUGA